UCUCAAUCUUUCCUAACAAGUAAUGCAUCCAUUUUGCAUUGCACUUUUUUCUAUAUUAUAAUUACCCAUUCUCAACCUUUCUCCCUCUCUCUCCAUCAAAUCCAUAACUGCUACUGCCGCCGCCGGAAAAAAACGAUAAGCAGAUGUUGGGUCGAAGACCCGAUUCUCACCCGACCAUGGAACUACCCUCCAUAUCCAUUUCACCCACCUUGGGCCAGCUACUCAAGAGCGUCGGAGACGUUAGAAAACAGGCCGCCGGCAGUGCCAGUGGCGGUGAGACGCCGGAUCAUCAGGUUUUCGAUGUUAUCGAUCGUGCCGUCGAUCUACGUCCUCUUCCAUUCGUUCUCUCUUUCACUAAUCUCACCUAUAGCGUCAAGGUUCGCCGCAAGAUGGAUGUCCGCCGUUGUAUUAACCGUUCGCCGGCAUCCGGAACAAAAUUACUUCUUGAUAACGUAUCAGGGGAGGCCCGCGACGGCGAGAUUCUCGCCGUCCUUGGAGCUAGUGGUUCAGGAAAAUCGACUUUGAUCGAUGCAUUGGCUAAUCGAAUUGCGAAAGAUAGUUUGAGAGGGACGGUUACUCUUAACGGAGAGCCUCUUGAAUCUCGUCUUCUCAAAGCAAUCUCGGCUUAUGUCAUGCAAGAUGAUCUCCUCUUUCCAAUGCUCACUGUCGAAGAAACCCUAACAUUCGCCGCCGAGUUUCGUCUUCCUCGUUCUCUAUCGAAAAGUAAGAAGAAGCUCCGUGUUCAAGCACUCAUCGAUCAGUUGGGUCUGAGAAACGCUGCGAAAACUAUCAUCGGAGAUGAAGGCCAUCGUGGUGUUUCCGGCGGCGAGCGCCGUCGUGUGUCAAUCGGAAUCGAUAUAAUUCACGAUCCAAUAAUUCUGUUCCUAGAUGAACCGACUUCAGGACUUGACUCUACCAGUGCUUUCAUGGUGGUUAAGGUUUUACAGAGAAUCGCCCAAACCGGAAGUAUUGUCAUCAUGUCGAUUCACCAGCCAAGUUACAGAAUUUUCAGUUUACUGGACCGGAUGAUUUUCCUAUCCCGCGGCCAGACCGCUUACAGCGGCUCCCCUGCUCAACUUCCCCUGUUUUUCGCGGAAUUCGGUUAUCCAAUACCCGAAAACGAAAACCGAACCGAAUUCGCCUUGGAUUUAAUCCGCGAACUCGAGGGUUCCCCUGGUGGAACUAAACAACUCGUUGACUACACCAAAUCAUGGAGCACUGCAAAACGGGUACAAAGCCCUGACCCGUUUUUCAACGGCGGUCUUGGCCCACAGUCAUUGAAGGAAACCAUCAGCGCCAGUAUUUCCCGAGGAAAGCUGGUAUCGGGUGCAGGAGCAGCCCGAUCAUCAGGAUCGGGCACCUCCUCUAUCGUCCCCACCUUUGCGAAUCCAAUGUGGACAGAACUGUUAGUUCUGUCAAACCGGUCCAUCAAGAACUCGCGUCGCCAGCCGGAGCUGUUCGGUAUCCGGCUCGGCGCAGUUCUGAUAACCGGUUUCAUCCUAGCCACCAUGUUUUGGAAACUCGACAACUCACCGAAAGGCGUUCAAGAACGCCUCGGUUUCAUCGCGUUCGCGAUGUCAACCACGUUCUACACCUGUGCAGACGCCCUCCCUGUUUUCCUCCACGAACGUUACAUCUUCAUGCGAGAAACCGCCCACAACGCGUACCGGCGUUCAUCCUACGUAAUCGCCCAUUCCCUAACCGCAAUCCCGGCUCUGGUAAUCCUCUCGCUCGCCUUCUCAAGCUGCACAUUCUUCGCAGUCGGACUCGACGGAGGGUUCUCCGGUUUCCUUUUCUACUUCCUGAUCAUACUAGCCGCGUUCUGGGCCGGAAGCUCGUUCGUGACCUUCCUCUCCGGCAUAGUCCCACACGUAAUGCUGGGUUACACGAUAGUGGUCGCGAUCCUGGCAUAUUUCCUACUUUUCAGCGGGUUCUUCAUAACCCGGGACAGAAUACCCGGUUACUGGAUUUGGUUUCAUUACAUAUCUCUGGUGAAAUACCCGUAUGAAGCGGUUUUGCAGAACGAGUUUGAAGAUCCGACAAAGUGUUUCGUAAGGGGAAUUCAGAUAUUCGACAACACGCCAUUGGGAAGCGUACCGAUUGAGUUGAAAACGAGGCUGUUGAAGACGAUGAGCAGUACGCUGGGGGUGAACAUAACUAGCACGACGUGCGUGACCAGGGGAUUGGAUAUACUGCAGCAACAGGGGAUUACGGAUUUGAGUAAAUGGAAUUGCUUGUGGGUUACCGUUGCAUGGGGUUUCUUUUUCAGGAUUCUGUUUUACUUUUCUUUACUCAUGGGGAGCAAGAACAAGAGAAGCUAAACAAAAAAGAAAUUGUAAGAAUAAAAUUUACCACCAGUUAUUACCACAGCAGUAGUAAACUACUACAGGUAAAUUUGAUUCUGUAGAUUUUGUUACAUCUCUUGUUUUCUUUUUCUUUUUAUUUUCAAAUAAUCCUUUCUGUAAUUUGUCCUGCACAAACAUUAUAUCAUUAUUGUUAUUACGUACCCUAAUAUU